UAAUUGCUCAGCAGCAUGUGGGAUCUUUCUGCAUCAGGGAUCAAAACUGUAUCUCCUGCACUGCAGGCGGAUUCCUUACCACUGAGCCACCAGGGGAGCCCACUAUCAAGGCAUGCUCUCUUACCUCAUCUUCUAGCCUGGGAAAGAUCUCCAGCUCAUCAUCUUCUGUUCAUCUUAAAUAUUCUUCGGCAUGAGGAAUUUGAGGACGGCUGCAAAGCUGCCUGUAACGGGCCUUAUGAUGGGAAGUGGAGUAAAACAAUGGUGGGGUAUGGACCCGAGGGUGAUCACUUUGUCACAGAACUGACUUACAAUUACGGCAUCGGCAGCUACCAGCUUGGCAAUGACUUCCUGGGUAUCACAGUGGCUUCCAGGCAAGCUGUCAGCAACGCUAGGAAGCUGAAGUGGCCGCUCAGUGAAAUGGGAGACGGUGUGUUUGAAACCAAAGCCCCUGGAGGAUAUAAGUUCUAUUUGCAGGACUGCAGUCCACCUCAGUCAGAUCCUGUAUUAAAAGUAACUCUAGCAGUAUCUGAUCUUCAGAAGUCCUUGAACUACUGGUCUAAUCUACUGGGAAUGAAAAUUUAUGAAAAAGAUGAGAAGGAACAGAGAGCUUUGCUAGGCUAUGCUGAUAACCAGUGUAAGCUGGAGCUGCAGGCCAUCCCGGGGAAAGUUGAUCACGCAACAGGUUUUGGACGCAUUGCCUUUUCUUGCCCCCAAAAAGAGUUGUCAGACAUAGAAGACUUGAUGAAAAGGGAGAACCAGAAGAUUCUGACUCCGUUGGUGAGUCUGGACACUCCAGGGAAGGCGACUGUGCAAGUGAUUAUUUUGGCUGACCCUGAUGGACAUGAAAUUUGCUUUGUGGGGGAUGAAGCAUUUCGAGAACUCUCAAAGGUGGAUCCAGAGGGAAACAAAUUAUUGGACGACGCAAUUGCAGGAGAUAAAAGUGAUGAAUGGUUUGCUGCACAAAAGAAACCAAAGGCGACAGGUUAAUCGAAGACAUCGCAUGCAGCAAGCCUUGGUGGUUCUUGCCCAACACCUGUGAGGCCUGACUUGUGCAUUACAUGAUGCAUGCUCUCACGACUUAGGGGUUUCCUGAACAGGCAGAGAGGCUGGGGUGGUGACUAUGCAUGUAUUUUAAUCUUUAAAAGCUCUGAUAUAUUUUAGAAAAUCCUAUCAUCAGUUCAUUUAAAGAACUCUUGGCUGUCAUCUGUGCUGUCAGUGCAAGGGUACAUUCUGUAUGUAACUGUUAGAUGAGUAAUAAAUUCUUCUCCAGGCUGGGACAGCUGUAUGGAACAUGACCUUUGAUUGAGGGUUGAGGGAAUUUUGAUAAGCAUGUAGGUUUAAUGAGAACAACUAAAUCCAAAUAAAUCCAAAUCAGUUACUUAUAGCAGGAGUCCUUCCAGGACCUGGCCUUGACAUAUUAAAACUUUUAAAGAAAUUUCGUGCCUUGACCCAAAGAUUUAGUUAGCAUUCCGGUAUUCCUUGCUUUAAAUUUUUUAGUCAGAAAAAAACAGAAGGAUGUAAUGUGUAAUGUUGCUACACGCCUGGCUCUGUGUUAGUUUCUCUCUUUCUCUCUCUCUCUCUCUAUAUGUGUAUUUUUUGGCUUUUAAUCCUCUUAAGAGACCAUGUUAGAUUUCUGAGAGAUGGAUUGAUUAGAUGAUUUCUUCAGUAUGAAAAACUAUUAAAAUAUUUUGUUGUUAUUUUCUUUCUGAUUCUGCAGAACAAAUCACUUUUUAUCACUGGAAACAAGUUGUGCAUGUUUAUUAUGAAAUGUUUUUUGGAAAUUAUGCUUCUGAAAUCAAGCUAUUACAACCAAUUUGAAAGAAUCAGUAUUUAAAGGUGGUGGUCAGUUUCACACUUUAGGGAAGAAA